AUGAACGACAUCGUUUAUGAGAAGACCAUGGAGCAUGCAGGCAGAAAUCAGAUUCUGGUUUUCGUACAUUCCAGAAAGGAAACAGGGAAGACAGCUCGCGCCAUUAGGGACAUGUGCCUGGAGAAGGACACGCUCGGACAGUUCCUGAGGGAAGGUUCAGCGAGUAUGGAAGUGCUUCGCACUGAAGCGGAGCAGGUGAAGAAUCCGGAACUGCGCGAACUGCUGCCGUACGGUUUUGCCAUUCAUCACGCCGGCAUGAGCAGGGUGGACAGAACUCUAGUGGAGGAUCUGUUCGCGGAUAGGCAUAUACAGGUGUUAGUGUCGACCGCCACGUUGGCGUGGGGCGUGAACCUGCCCGCGCACACGGUGAUAGUGAAGGGCACGCAGGUGUACUCGCCGGAGAAGGGCCGCUGGAGCGAGCUGGGCGCGCUGGACGUGCUGCAGAUGAUGGGCCGCGCGGGCCGCCCGCAGUACGACACCAAGGGGGAAGGUAUCCUGAUAACGAACUACUCUGAGCUGCAGUACUACCUGUCGCUGCUGAACCAACAGUUGCCCAUUGAGUCCCAGCUGGUGGGCAAGUUGCCGGACAUGCUCAAUGCUGAGAUUGUGCUGGGCUCUAUCCAGAGCUUACGGGACGCUGUCACGUGGCUCGGUUACACAUACCUAUACAUAAGGAUGCUCCGCCAGCCGGCCCUGUACGGCAUAUCUCCUGAUAAGCUGCAGGACGAUCCGCUGCUGGAGUUGCAUCGAGCUGAUCUGAUACACACCGCCGCCUCGCUACUGGACAAGGCGGGGCUAAUAAAGUACGAACGCAAGUCCGGCCACUUCCAACCGACCGAGUUGGGACGUAUCGCGUCGCACUACUACUGCACGUACGAGACGAUGCAGCAGUACAAUCAGCUGCUGAGGCCGACCCUCGGCGAGAUCGAGCUGUUCCGUGUGUUCUCACUGUCGGGCGAGUUCCGGCACGUGGCCGUCAGGGAUGAGGAGAAGCUGGAGCUGCAGAAGCUCAUGGAGAGAGUACCCAUACCGAUAAAGGAGAGUAUAGAGGAGCCCUCGGCGAAGAUAAACGUCCUCCUGCAAGCGUACAUAUCGCAGCUGAAGCUGGAGGGCUUCGCCCUGAUGGCGGACAUGGUGUACGUGACCCAGUCCGCCUGCAGACUGCUCAGGGCGAUAUUCGAGAUUGUACUGCACAGGGGUUGGGCUCAGUUGGUCGACAAGACCCUGGCACUGUGCAAGAUGGUCGACAGACGUAUGUGGCAGUCGAUGUCGCCGCUCAGACAAUUCAGAAAAAUGCCGGAAGAGGUGAUAAAGAAGUUGGAGAAGAAGAACUUCCCGUGGGAGAAGCUGUACGAGCUGGGCCCGAACGAGAUAGGCGAGUUGGUGCGCGCGCCGAAGCUCGGCAAGAUGCUGCACCGGCACGUGCACCAGUUCCCGAAGCUGGAGCUCGCCACGCACAUCCAGCCCAUCACGCGCUCCACGCUCAGGGUCGAGCUCACCAUCACGCCGGACUUCCAGUGGGACGAGAAGGUUCACGGACAGUCGGAGGCGUUCUGGAUCCUGGUGGAGGACGUGGACUCGGAGGUGAUCCUCCACCACGAGUACUUCCUGCUGAAGGAGAAGUACUGCAAGGACGAGCAUCAGGUCAAACUGUUCGUGCCCGUGUUCGAGCCGUUGCCGCCACAAUACUUCCUCAGGGUCGUCUCUGACAGGUGGAUAGCGUCAGAGACCCAGUUGCCGGUGUCGUUCCGCCACCUGAUCCUGCCGGAGAAGAACCUGCCCCCCACCGAGCUGCUGGACCUGCAGCCGCUGCCGAUAUCCGCCCUCAGGAACUCCGCAUACGAGCAACUGUACAACGAGGCCUUCCCGCAGUUCAACCCAGUGCAGACACAGGUGUUCAACGCCGUGUAUAAUUCUGAUGAGAACGUGUUCGUCGGCGCCCCAUCCGGCUCCGGCAAGUCUGUGAUCGCUGAGCUCGCGUUAUUGCGGCUGCUGUCGAGCAACGCCGCCGGCAGAGCUGUAUACCUGCUGCCUAAGGACGCACUCGCUGAUAUCGUGUUUGCUGAUUGGUAUCACAAGUUCGGUGCCAAAUUCAACCUUAAGGUGGUGCAAUUAACCGGUGAGACGGCGACGGACCACAAACUGUUGAAUAAAGGACAGAUCAUCAUCACCACAGCUGAAAAAUGGGACGUGCUCUCCAGGAGGUAA